CUACAGGUUCCUGUUGCAUGUAAAUCAUGUCCCUGUGGUUACAUAUUUAUUAGCAGAAAACUUUUAAAUGCGAAACACCCAGAAAAAUCACCAUCUUCUAUAGAAAACAAGCAUGAGGCCAAGAGGAGGCGAACAGAGAGAGUUAGGAGAGAGAAGAUAAAUUCUACAGUAAAUAAGGACUUAGAAAACAGAAAGAGGUCUCGAAGUAACAGCCAUUCAGAUCAUAUCAGACGAGGAAGAGGAAGACCUAAAAGUGCAUCUGCCAAAAAACAUGAGGAAGAAAGAGAGAAACAGGAAAAGGAAAUUGACAUCUAUGCUAACCUCUCUGAUGAAAAGGCUUUCGUGUUUUCAGUCGCCUUGGCAGAAAUAAAUAGAAAAAUUAUUAAUCAAAGACUUAUUCUCUGAUAUUUGUCGCAAAAUGUGUUGAAACUUUCUUCAGGAUUACAUCAGCAAAUUCUCAAGCAGUUAUGGACUCUCAGGAGUAUUCUGACUACAUCAAUAAGGGCAAUUGAUUGUUUUUUGUUUUUUGUUUUUUGUUUUUUGUUUUUUUUCCCUGUCAUUUAGCCUGUGCCACACUUUGGGAGCAAAGCUGUAGGCUUGGACUGUACUGGGAUUUUAUUUCCUUGUUUAUCAAGGAGUAUUGUCAGUGUUUUGUGUUUGGAAUGUGGUGUAUUUACCCUUCCCUCCUUCCCCCCAGAAAGCUGGAUGGCUGUUAAAGGAUAAAGGGGUAGGGUUGAUAUUGGAAGUAUGAAAACUAGAGAAGUAAAAUGCUUGAUAGUUUGCAGGUUUGCCACCAGAGAUGCAAUAUUUUAAAUAUUUUGAGAAAGAGUGACUUUUAAAGAUAUAUAUUUCAGAUUUUCAGCACUAACAGUGCAUAUUUGCAGUUCAUUUAAUAAAUUGGCAAUUGAUAUUUUAUUGAAUAGGGAAUUAAGACUAUAAACUGUAAAUUUUGUCUUAAAUUGAUUUUUUUUCUUGGCCUUUAUUUUUAUGGCUUAAUGUGUGAAUUAUAUUUUAGAAGAUACCUUCUAGACAGUUUGGAACUUUGGGUGCUAUAUGAAGAAAAACAUUUAAGGAUAUAUCAUACUUCAGAUAUAAACACCUGUUUUCUUGAAUGUAAUUUAUUUAUUGGUUUAAAAAAAAUACUUUUUUGCUCUCAAGAUGGUGCCUGUUAACCUAAACAUAAAAUAUAUUUAUUACAUGCGAAAUAUUUCUUAGCAACUUUUAAGCAGUAAUGUUCUUUCUGAAUGGAUGUUCAUUUAUACAUCCUGAAAAUUAUUUAAAUUGUUACUUAACCUCACUCUGGAGGAAAAAAUAAACCUUAAUAUUGAAAUUAAUAGAUUAAUAGUGUGGUAUAAGCUUUUUGUUCUAGUGAAGUUUGUGAAAUAUAUUUAAAUUAUUAAUUUUCUAGUGUUGAAUGGUAAUUGUUUAUAGUUGAUUUCUUUUAUACUAAAUGCUUUUGCAUUUUUGUGUAUUGAUUUAAUGCUCAAUAUAUUUAAACUUGAUAAUGACUUUACUUAUUUUAAGUCAACUAUGGCGCCUGCCCUUCCCAGCUCCACCACCCCCGCCAAAAUCUGUUUGGAAGUCCUAAAGCCUUAUUAGGGGAAGUAGACGUCAGUUAGACUUAGUCCUUACUUCAGAGAAUUUUCCUUUCAGUUUCAACAACAAAAUUGUCAGCUUCAGCCUACAUCUCCCAUCACUUCCUGGAAGAAAAAAAGCUUUAUUAUAUUUUUUCUACUUUAUUUAAAUGGUAGCCAGCAGAGGGAGCUUAAGAGGUACUCUAGGUGAAAUGUAGAAUUUUCCUAAGAAUUCCUUUUCCCUCCAUCCCCAUUAUUUACCUGCAAGUACUACUACAAUUAUCUUGUAUGCAUUUUAAAGCCCUAGUAAUAAAGUUUAUUCCCAAGAAUGUUAAUGUGAUUUUUGUCUUUGAAAUAUAAGAAAACUAUUUUCAUUUUGAGGGGAAAAAAGUAAAAAUGAUUAUUAUCUAAAAAUGCUUGUGAACAUAUAUACAGGCAUACCUACAAUAAAGCAAAUAAUCACAA